AGAAGACUAAUGUGUACAUUUUUGUGUCGCAUAUUUUUAGUCAAUUUAACUAUCUUAAAAGUGUACAAUAUUGGACAGAUUAGCGCUUAUCGAGUGUCAAACUAUUUUGGCCUGUAAGCCAGUGCACAACUGUGUUCUGGGUGUCACCGGAAAUUUGUAUUCCGCCACUCAUUGGCCAAACAAGCAGCAGACAUGGCACGCCCAAUUUUUCCGAAUCAGCAAAAGAUAGCUGAAAAACUAAUUAUCUUGAACGAUCGUGGCCUGGGAAUACUCACGCGAAUAUACAACAUAAAAAAGGCCUGCGGCGACACUAAAUCAAAGCCAGGAUUCCUCUCCGAAAAGUCACUGGAGUCCAGCAUUAAGUUCAUUGUGAAGCGAUUCCCCAAUAUCGACGUCAAGGGACUGAAUGCCAUUGUGAACAUCAAGGCAGAGAUAAUAAAGUCCCUGUCCCUGUAUUAUCAUACGUUUGUGGAUCUGUUGGACUUUAAAGACAAUGUUUGCGAGUUGCUAACCACAAUGGAUGCCUGUCAAAUUCACUUGGACAUCACACUGAAUUUUGAGCUAACCAAGAACUACUUGGACUUGGUGGUGACCUACGUCUCUCUGAUGAUUGUAUUGUCCCGGGUCGAGGAUCGAAAGGCUGUGCUUGGACUGUACAAUGCUGCAUAUGAGCUGCAGAAUAACCAGGCAGACACGGGCUUCCCCCGCCUGGGACAGAUGAUUCUCGACUACGAGGUGCCCCUGAAAAAACUUGCCGAGGAAUUCAUUCCCCACCAAAGAUUGUUAACAAAUGCACUGCGAUCGCUGACUUCCAUCUACGCUCUGAGGAAUCUGCCCGCCGACAAAUGGAGGGAAAUGCAAAAGCUUAGUCUGGUGGGCAACCCGGCCAUUCUUCUGAAAGCCGUACGAACGGACACCAUGUCGUGCGAGUACAUCUCCCUGGAGGCCAUGGACCGCUGGAUAAUCUUUGGGCUACUGCUAAAUCACCAGAUGCUGGGGCAGUACCCGGAGGUGAACAAAAUCUGGCUUUCCGCCCUGGAGUCCAGCUGGGUGGUGGCGCUCUUCCGUGACGAGGUUCUGCAGAUCCACCAGUACAUUCAGGCCACCUUCGAUGGUAUAAAGGGCUACAGCAAGCGGAUAGGCGAGGUCAAAGACGCUUACAAUACGGCUGUUCAAAAGGCAGCUCUUAUGCAUCGCGAGAGGCGAAAGUUCCUGAGAACGGCCUUGAAGGAACUGGCUCUGAUAAUGACAGACCAACCGGGCCUGCUCGGACCCAAGGCAAUAUUUAUAUUCAUUGGCCUUUGCUUGGCACGCGAUGAAAUCCUUUGGCUGCUCCGGCACAACGACAAUCCGCCGCUGCUAAAAAACAAGGGCAAGAGCAAUGAGGAUCUGGUAGACCGACAAUUGCCGGAAUUGCUCUUUCAUAUGGAAGAACUCCGAGCGCUGGUGCGCAAGUACAGCCAGGUGAUGCAGCGGUACUACGUGCAAUACUUAUCCGGCUUCGAUGCCACGGACUUGAAUAUACGAAUGCAAAGCCUGCAGAUGUGCCCGGAAGAUGAGAGCAUCAUCUUUAGUUCGCUUUAUAACACAGCUGCAGCCCUGACUGUGAAGCAGGUGGAGGACAAUGAGCUCUUCUACUUUCGACCAUUCCGCCUUGACUGGUUCCGACUUCAGACCUACAUGAGCGUUGGCAAAGCAUCCCUCAGAAUUACUGAGCAUGCAGAGCUAGCUCGUCUGCUGGAUUCUAUGGUGUUUCAUACUCGAGUGGUGGACAAUUUGGACGAAAUACUGGUAGAAACAUCGGAUUUGAGCAUUUUCUGUUUCUACAACAAAAUGUUCGACGACCAGUUCCACAUGUGCUUGGAGUUCCCCGCCCAAAACCGCUAUAUCAUAGCCUUCCCCUUGAUCUGCAGUCACUUCCAAAACUGCACGCACGAGAUGUGCCCAGAGGAACGUCACCACAUUCGCGAGCGGUCUCUGAGCGUGGUUAACAUCUUCCUAGAGGAAAUGGCAAAGGAGGCCAAGAAUAUCAUUACCACGAUAUGCGAUGAGCAGUGCACCAUGGCCGAUGCUCUUUUGCCCAAACACUGCGCCAAGAUCUUGUCUGUUCAGUCCGCUCGCAAAAAGAAGGAUAAAUCAAAAUCGAAGCAUUUCGACGACAUUCGGAAGCCGGGAGACGAAUCGUACAGGAAGACGCGUGAGGAUCUGACCACGAUGGACAAGCUGCACAUGGCCCUGACCGAGCUCUGCUUCGCCAUCAACUACUGCCCCACUGUUAACGUCUGGGAGUUUGCGUUUGCCCCUCGCGAGUAUCUCUGCCAGAAUCUAGAGCACCGGUUUUCCCGUGAUCUAGUCGGCAUGGUGAUGUUUAAUCAAGAGACUAUGGAAAUUGCCAAGCCCUCGGAGCUGCUGGCCAGCGUGCGAGCCUACAUGAACGUCUUACAAACUGUAGAGAACUAUGUGCAUAUUGACAUAACGCGAGUCUUUAACAACUGCUUGCUGCAACAAACGCAGGCCUUGGACUCGCACGGUGAAAAGACAAUAGCCGCUUUGUACAACACGUGGUACAGCGAGGUACUGCUCAGACGGGUCUCCGCUGGUAACAUUGUCUUCUCCAUAAACCAGAAGGCGUUCGUCCCGAUCUCACCGGAAGGAUGGGUGCCGUUUAACCCACAGGAGUUCUCCGAUCUCAACGAGCUGAGAGCGCUGGCAGAACUCGUUGGUCCAUAUGGUAUAAAAACUCUUAACGAAACCCUGAUGUGGCAUAUAGCCAACCAGGUGCAGGAGCUGAAGUCGCUGGUAGGUACCAACAAAGAGGUACUGAUUACCCUGCGAACUAGUUUCGACAAACCUGAGGUAAUGAAGGAACAGUUCAAGCGACUGCAGGACGUGGACCGUGUGCUGCAGCGCAUGACGAUCAUAGGUGUAAUAAUCUGCUUCCGCAAUCUGGUCCACGAGGCACUGGUGGAUGUGCUGGACAAACGCAUCCCCUUCCUUCUCAGCUCAGUAAAGGACUUCCAGGAGCAUUUGCCCGGAGGUGACCAGAUUCGAGUGGCCUCCGAUAUGGCCUCGGCAGCCGGUCUGCUUUGUAAGGUGGAUCCUACUCUCGCCACUACCCUAAAGUCUAAGAAACCCGAAUUUGACGAGGGCGAACAUCUCACAGCUUGCCUACUGAUGGUUUUCGUGGCCGUCUCAAUUCCAAAGCUGGCCCGCAACGAAAACUCCUUCUACCGAGCCACCAUUGAUGGUCACUCUAACAACACCCACUGCAUGGCGGCGGCCAUUAACAACAUAUUUGGCGCACUCUUUACCAUCUGCGGGCAGAACGACAUGGAGGACCGCAUGAAAGAAUUUCUGGCCUUGGCCAGUUCUUCGCUGCUCCGUUUGGGCCAAGAGUCGGACAAGGAAGCCACUCGCAAUCGAGAGUCUAUUUACCUACUCCUCGAUGAAAUUGUCAAGCAGUCCCCGUUCCUCACAAUGGAUCUGCUGGAGUCCUGCUUCCCCUACGUACUCAUUCGCAAUGCCUACCACGGCGUGUAUAAGCAGGAACAGAUCUUGGGAUUGGCCCUCUAAGGCGGCCCUCACUGUACUCCUCCGAGUAUUUCUAAUAUAGUUUAUCCGCCGGUCGAAUAUCGACCACUAUGCUAAUCUAAAAACCAUAUAUUAAAGCUGUUAAACGUACCAUAUUGUAUUCUAGACUCUGCAUUUUUAUACUCGUAAAACUUCGAAUAAAGUGCUUAUG